GCCGUUGUUGCUGCUUACGGAUACAAAUACGCAAACGAAUACGAAUCGGAAUACGUGAUGAGUGUGGCAGAGGCAAAUGGCAAAUAUUUUGGCACCACAAUGGCCAAGGAUUUGAGCACUCUGGGUUGGGACUACUUCAUGUUUGUGGCAUUUAUAGCGCUUACCGUCUUGGGUCCACUCUGGACCCGCAUUUUUGGCAAAAAGCAGCAGCAGAGCAAGGCAGAUUAUGUCUUUGCCACCGGCGGCGUUUCUCUUGUGGCUGUCAUGAUUUCCAUAGCUCGUGGCACACUCGGCGUACGCUCUGUCUUAGGCUAUCCAAGUGAACUCUAUUAUCGUGGCUCCGCAAUGUGGGAGAUUGUGUAUGGCAUGAUGAGUGCGUAUCCCAUUGUUUGCUUCAUGUUUGUGCCCGUCUACUUCAACCUGGGCAUCACUUCGGUUUAUCAGUACAUCGAUCUCAGAUUCAAGAGUCGCACCGUUCGCUGCCUUGCCUCUGCCACUUAUAUUGUGCGGCAAAUUUGCAAUCUGGGCAUCACCGUCUAUACGCCCAGCGUGGCGCUAUCCGCAGUUAUUGGCAUUCCCUAUUGGGCCUCCAUUACGGGCAUGUCCAUCAUCUGCAUAUUCUUCACGAUUCUCGGUGGUCUCAAGGCAGCCAUCAAUGCGGAUGUGAUCCAAACUAUUACCAUUCUGGUGGUUACGUUGGCCGUCUGUCUUCAAGGCACAAUAGUCAGCGGUGGUCCGAAGAAGGUUUAUGAACUAAAUCGCGACAAUGGUCGUCUAAGCUUCUGGAACUUUACAGGAGAUUUAACCGUGCGCGUCGAUACCACAUCCGCCUGGCUGGGCCAGCUGUUUAUGUCGCUAUCACAGAUCGGUUGCCAGCAAAACUUUAUGCAGCGUUAUGUCAGUCUCAAGUCACUGAAGGAAGUGCGCAAUGUGAUGCUGAGCAAUGUGCCCGUUGUGUUCCUGUUCUUUGCACUCUCCUGGCUCUCCGGCAUGGUUAUUUACUCGACCUACAUCAGCUGCGAUCCCUAUGCUGAAGGUUACAUUAAAAAACCCGAUGAGAUUUUGCCAUUCUUUGUGGAAGAUCAGCUCGGCUUUCUGCCCGGCUUUGUGGGCAUCUUCAUGGCGACACUUUUCAAUGGCGCACUUUGUAUUAUGGUGUCCAACCUGAACUCACUGGCCACCGUUUGCUGGGAGGACUUCAUCUCACAGAUGCCCAAAUUCAAGGGACUCAGCGAUAAGCAACAACUAAAGAUAAUUAAGAUUGUCACCAUCGUUUGUGGCCUGAUCAUCAUGUGCGUUGCCUUUGGAGUUGGACUGCUCAAUGGUGUCAUCGAGUCCUCGUUGCUUGUGUUCUCAGCCACCUCGGGACCGCUGCUUGGCUGCUUCAUCCUCGCCAUGAUGGUACCGGUGGCCAACUGGAAGGGCACAUCAGCCGGCAUGGUUGCAGCCUGCGCAUUUGUGCUCUGGAUCAUUGGCGGUAGCAUGACCAUAACCAAGCCUUCAAAUAUGCUGCCCACAUCGACAGAGGGUUGCUCCAACUUUACAUUCUCGCGGACAAUCACAAAACCCAGCAGCGGCAUCGAUGAGUUGCCUUGGCUGCUGAACCACACACCUCUCAAUGGCUACAAUCAAACCUUUGUGGAUCCCACCCCACAAAUUCCUCACGAAAGAACUGGUCUUGAGACCUUCUACUCGAUUAGCUUCAUGUACUACAGCUUGAUUGGCACAGCACUGACGGUGCUCAUUGGCACACUCAUCAGCUGUCUGACGCAGCAUGCGGAUGAUGAGUACGAUGCCAAGCUGCUGCAUCCGUUCAUCUUCCGCUGCUACGAGCGCCUGAAUGUACCCAAACCGUAUUACAUUAAGCACGAGGAGGAAUCGGGUCUGAAUCGUCGCAGCAGUAGCACCUCAUCGGCCACAACCAGCGGCAAAGUGGAGAAGAUCAAUCAUGCCUUCGAUGGCAGCGAGGAUAAGAACAGUCCCAUCUCUAUACUCUUUACGACCCCAAGCUCAAACAAUGAGAACACAGGCGAUCAACGUCGCACUUCAAUUUGCAGUAGCAGUCGAAUUCAAUUGGACACGGUCCCCGCUGGCGAGACGGGCGUUUAUCGUUAUACGGGCUCAAAGACGACUUACUGAGGAGUCAAUCCUUAGUCUUUAUUUAGUUUGUAUUUUAAUAAGCUAAGCCAUAAGUUAGACCAAUUCAUAAGUGGAGUCGAUAAAGAUGCUGUGAUUACUUAUUGUACAAGGAGUAUAAACAAUUAACGCAGAUUUAGCAGAUAAGUCUUUGAUAGAUAUUCGCGCUGCGUUUUUUUGUAGAAUAACAAAUGUGUUUUGUACUUAUGUAUGUGUAAGCAAAGGCAAUAACUCAAUUAUAAGCUCAAGCAAGAUUUUUCUGCAUUA